AUGGACGUUUCGUCGGCGUUUAAGAAUAUCAAGGACGAGAAGGAGAAGGCUGAGAUUUUGAUAUCCUUCCAAAAGGCCGUCCAAUCGCAGAAGCUGACGCUGAAGCUGCUCGGUGUGUGCUUCGAUCGCUGCGUCCCUUCUCCGGGUGAGGUACUUACGACAUCACAGCAGACUUGCCUCUGGAGGUGCGGGCAACGCAACGUCGAAACCCAGUACUUCAUCCUGAAGCGCUUGGAAGGCAUGGCUUCCAAUAUGAAAUAA